AAUGAAUGUGGGCGUGGUGAGUGAUGUCACUGGCUGGGGGAGGGGGAAGCAGGAAGUGUGUGAAGCUGUGAGAGCUGAGGAGUUUGUGUGUGUGGAAAACUCUGGCAAAUCGCAGGACUGUUUAUACUGAGGGAUUGUCUGAUUCUUUGGAUAAAGACAAGAGAGACCAUUAGACUGUGCAGCUUCUCCAACACCAGCAAAUCCACAUCUUUAGUGCAAUGAGCAUUCCCAACUCCCACAACAAACUUCCCUCCGUAGCACAACAAUAUGAAUGCCCAGAAUGUGGGAAAAUAUUCUCUAAAAAAUUCUGCUUUGAACGUCACCAGAGAUCUCACACAGGGGAGAAACCAUACGCAUGUACAGAAUGUGGGAAACACUUCUCUCUAAAGAGUCAUCUAGUCCGGCACCAGAACAUUCACACAGGAAUAAAACAGUUUGUGUGUGUGGAAUGUGGAAAGACCUUCUGCCAGAACAGCCAGUUGCAGGAACACUUCAAGACUCACACAGGGGAGAAAUCAUUUGCUUGCACGGAAUGUGGGAAAUGGUUCAUUUCAAAGGGCCAACUUACCAAGCAUCACCGAAUUCACACUGGGGAGAAACCUUACGCGUGCACAGAAUGUGACAAAAGUUUCUAUUUCAUUAGUGAGCUUAACAAGCAUUACCGAAUUCACACAGGAGAGAAACCUUAUGCCUGUACAGAGUGUGGAAAAAGUUUCCGUUUAAGUACUGAACUUAAGGUGCAUCACAUAAUCCACACAGGAAAGAAACCUUUCUUCAUGUGCACUGAAUGCGGAAAGCACUUCACUCGGAAGGCAAACCUUAAAAAACACCUACAAAUUCACGUACAGGAAAAAACAUCUGCUACAGAUUCUGACCAACAACAUCAUGUAAUCUACGCAGGAGAGAAACCCUUCACUUGUACAGAAUGCGGCAAACGGUUCUCUCAAAAAAGCAACCUCAAGUCCCACUGUAACACUCACACGGGGGAGAAACCAUUUCAUUGUGCAGAAUGUGGGAGAAGGUACUCGUCAAAGAGAUACCUUGUCAAACACCAGGUAGUUCAUGAGUGAGAGCAACGUAUACAUCUACAGGAUUUGGGAGACCUUAUACUACUACUAAAUCCAACCUUCAACACCAUCAUCUACAUGGAAAAACCUUUCUCAGAAUGGAGUUUCCCAAUAGUAGGUUUCAUCUCCUCCCCAGAACAGUCAUAUAAUACAGUCACUUAUUUCUCCUCCAGACUCUCCCAUGCCAACACUAUUGGGUGGUACCUGCACUCCAACAAGCCUUCACACUGAGUUCUUCUCACAGAUACAGUGUGUGACACUAUGGGAUUAUUUUUAUGGAUUAUUUUUAUGUAAAAUAUAUUGCUCAAUAAAAUUCAUGCAAUACUUCA